AUGGCUUGUCCCAUCUUCCUGGAAGGGGAAAACUGUAAGCCUUCUUGGAAGGAAGCCGCUGCCGGCUACAAUCCAGCAGACACUCACUUGGAAAUCAUGGGGAAGCCGGUAAUGGAGCGCUGGGAAUCCCCCUACAUGCAUGCUUUAGCCAGCGUGGCUGCUUCACAAGGAGGCCGGGUGCUGGAGGUCGGCUUUGGCCUGGCCAUUGCUGCCAGCAAAAUUGAAGAGUUUGACAUCAAGGAGCACUGGAUCAUCGAAUGCAACGAAGGAGUCUUCCAGAGGCUGCAGGAGUGGGCGAAAACACAGCCUCACAAGGUUGUCCCAUUGAAAGGAUUGUGGGAAGACGUCGCACCAACCUUGCCGGAUGAACAUUUUAACGGAAUUCUCUACGAUACGUACCCCUUGUCAGAAGAUACCUGGCACACCCAUCAGUUUGACUUCAUCAAGGCUCACGCCCAUCGCCUCCUGAAGCCAGGCGGGGUCUUCACCUACUGCAACUUGACUUCCUGGGGGGACCUGUUGAAGAGCAAGUAUUCGGACAUUGAAAGGAUGUUUCAGGAAACACAAAUUACCCACUUGGUCGAGGCUGGCUUUGAGCCGAAGAACAUCCACACUACCGUUAUGGACCUGAUUCCUCCAGCUGAUUGUAGAUACUACGCCUUCCCUAAGAUGAUCGUGCCUGGCAUCCUCAAAUAGAUCUCCCAGGGAGGAAGAUCUCUCAGGAUCAAACAAGGGAUCGGUGUGUUGGCAAGAGACACCACCAGUCACAUGAAAUGUUGUUCUCUCGUGGCAGACGGGGGAGGUGAAAACUAACGUGUGAAAGAACCACUUUAGAUAGAGUUUUCCCUUGCUAAGAAUUUAUUUUAACCAGCAUUUUCAAAACUUUGUGUCAGAGCAUGCAGUCUUAUUGCACUGAGGUAACCCAGGAGUAAAUACAGUAAACAGUGGUUUGUAAUUAAAUGGUGGUUUAUAUUA